UGUAUACAUUUUGCUUCCCCUUUUCGUCUUAAAAAAAGAUCCAUUUGUUGUGUUAAUAUUUACCUCCCUUGUAAUAAUUUUUCUAAACGCUUAAAAAACCGACGAGGAGAAGAGAGGAGAAGAUCCGUGGAAGGAAACGGGAAAAUUCACAUGAGUGUUAGGGUUCCGAGCCAAGCUUGUGGUGCGGAGGGACGAGAGGAUGAUGGCGAACAACUCGCUCUAUGCUGCCCUGUGAACACUCGAGGACCAAGGGGGCUGGAGACAUAGUAUGGAUCAGCGUCCAGCUCCACACCACACUCCUCAGCGUGGAGGGCCACCUAAACAUGGACCUCCUCAACCACACCAGCAACCAAAACGCAAUUAUAAACUCCUUGUUGACCCCAUACUGGUUAAUGGAGCCAGUAAGUUAUAUAGAUUUGAGGGUGUCGUGGAAGGAGAUCCAACAUAUCCUCCUGUUGUAUUGCGUGACCCACGAAAGCCAAAAAUAUGGAUUCGCCCAGAGACUAUGGACAUUGCUGUCCCAAGAUUUAAGAUUGACUCGGAUUAUGUAGGCCCACCGCCACCUUUAGAAGUUACAAUCUUCAACAUUAAUGACAAUAUUGAUCGGCAGUUUCUGCACAAUGAAAUUGUAAACAAACAUCAAUGUGGAUCCAUAGAAGAACUAGAAAUUUUCAAUCAUGAGUUAUCACGAAAGCACUUGGGUGUGGCCAGACUUAUCUUUGAAAACCCGGAAGGUGCUCGCAUCUGUGUCAAGAAGCUCAACAAUUCUACUCUCAUGGGCAAGGUUCUCCAAGUAUUUCUUGACCCUUUUGGGGAAGAGUGCAAAAAGCGUGUUGAGGAGGUUGGUGCUCAGUUGGAGGAAGAAGCCAAGAGAGAGGAGGAAGCUAAAGAAGCAAAGAAAAGACCCCCUCCCCCAACCAAGCCUCCACCUCCAUCAUCAGAUGAUGAGCCACAGUCGCAGUCUGCCAGAGAGAGGGAAAGAGAAAGGGAGAGGGAAAGAGAGAGAGAGAGGGAGAGAGAAAGGGAACGGGAAAGGGAAAGACGUUCAGUGGAGAAGGCAGACUUUGAGCGAAACAGAUAUGAAGAUGCUAGAAAACCUGGCAGUAGUGUCUUCCAGCCCCCUUCUUCAUCAACAAAUGCCACAAUGCCUGCCUCAUUCUAUCCUGAGGCAAGACCUCAGCAGUAUGGAUACCAGCAGGCAAACUUCCCAGGUUAUGAUCAAUAUCAUCACCACUACCAGGGUUACCAAUACCAAGAAUUUAGAGGAACGUAUCCUCCCAAUGUCCCACCUGGACACCACUGGGGCCCUGCAGGUACUCCAGGUACAGCUCAGCAACAGCAGCAACCCUGGGCAGCUCACCCAUCUGGCCAUAUCCAGCCUCAUCAAGGUGAACAUCAUUCCUCCAACUCACACCAUGCAUGGGACACCACUCAGUACCAUUCCUUGGAGUACCAGCGCAACUCCCACAAUGACAGUCCUUAUGAGAACAAGAAUGCUGGCAGAUCCAAACUUGAUGAGCGCUUGGAGAAGAUGGAGCCAGCUAUCAACAUCAACAACAAACCUCCCAAACACGAGUCUGAAGAAGAGGAGGACAAAUCAAAUCUGGACUUGGACACAAGGAUUGCCAUGCUGCUACAGAACAAGGACAGUGGGAUGGCCCCCCCAUUCCUGGCUCUUGGGCUGGAAAGUGAUGAGGAGGAGGAGAAGAAGGAAAACAUUGUCCAGGAGGAGAAUAGAGUGAAGGAAAAGGAAUCUAGUGGCCCUACUUCCUCAAGUAGCAGUACCACAGACUCAGAUACUGGUUCUUCCUCUGAUGUGGAGAGUGAUAGUGAAGGUGGUGAUAGUUCAAAAGAAUCUAGCAGAGGGGAGGGCAAGUCAGACUGGGCUCUACUAGAAAACAUUUUAGAACCUCUUUCAUCUCCCCCAUCUCCAUUCUUGUCACAUGAGAUGUACUUGUAUUGGCAUGAGAAGGGGAAUGAACUUAAGAAAGAAGCGCAAAGGAGAGAGAAGGAGGAAAAUAGAGAAAGAUUAAAAAAGCUCAAGAAAAAGAAAGUGAAAAAGAAAAGUAAAGAAACUAAAGGAAAUGAUAAAGUUAAAGAAAUUAAGAGUGAAGUGAAAGUAGAGUCUAUGCAAGAAGAUAGUCAAGUAAAUGGUAUUGAUGAUGAUAGGAUGAGUUUAUCUAGUUUAAGUUCAACUGAAGAUCCGAUCUUACACGUCCCUAUUCCACCUGCGGGAAGUGCUGUUCCUCCACCUGCGGGACCUUUUACUGCUCCUCCCCCCGGUUACUCCCAGUAUGCACCCCCUCCAGGUUAUCCUCCCUCUUAUCUACCCCCUGGGUAUCCCCCCCCACAUGCCAUGACCCAGGAGGCAGCCUACCAGUGGCAGCCACCUCCAGGAUAUCCUCCUAAUUUUGUGUCAGGAUACCCAGGUUAUAACACAGGUUAUAUGACCAUCCCAUCAGGAUAUUCUUCCAUAAGCCAUCCACCACCAGGCCCUAGUGUUCCAGGCCAGGCACCAUUUCCACCAUAUUUUGGAGCAGGCUACCCACCUACACAGGACCCCAGUGAUUCCACCCACAAAAGUGGAGAGUACCACGACCCGACUAUCAAUGCUGUACUUGAUACUGUUAUUGAGGAACUUAAAAGUAUUCUAAAACGUGAUUUUAACAAAAGAAUGAUAGAGGCCACAGCAUUCAAGACUUUUGAAGCCUGGUGGGAUGACCAGGAAAGGAAGUUCAAAGCACAAGCUGCUGCAGAAAAGGAGACAUUCACAGACAAGCAAGCAGGACCUCAGGCCCGAAUAGAAAAAAUAAAUUCAAUAACGUCUUUAUUAGAAAAUCAAGAAGGCUUUGGCCUUGACUCCAUAGGUUCUAUGGGUUUAGGCUUCAGAGCUGCUAUGCCUAAAAUGCCAUCAUUUAGAAAAAUAAGAAAAAUCAAACCACCUUCACCACCGUGCAUGGAUGAGGAUAGCAGAGGUCCCAUCUCAGAUGAAGAACAGAAGGAAGCAAGACCAAAAUUAGAUGACUCUUCAGAUUCUGAUUCAGGUCCUGAUGACUUAGUUCCUCCUAAAAAGACGAAACCAUCACCUUCUACUACCAAAAGGAAACCUAAAUGGUCAUCAGAUGAAUCUGGUGGUGAAACUUCAGACAGAGAAGAGGAAAAAGAAGAGUCAUCAUCGUCGUCUUCAUCUAGCUCUGAGUCAUCGGAGUCAGAGUCAUCAUCAUCAUCAUCUGUUGAGAGUGAAGAUGAAGAUGAACCUGAAGAGCUCAAGGAAUUACGACGAUUGGAGGCAGAGUUUGAUGCUCAUGUUAGAUCAACAGUGGAUUCAGUCAUGCGCACUCCUGAGCAUGACAGACCAGCCACUCCUCUCCCAGAACUUCUCCCAGACCAGAUGGAGGAUGCAUGGUUAGAUGAAUCCCCACCUGCUCCUGCUGCCCCAGCACCAAAAGAACCUACACCUUCUCCGGCAAAGAAAUCGCCUCAGUCAAAGUCUAAAAAGACUCCCAAAAAGAAUGAGCCUGCAGUCACUCCCAGGAAACCCUCCAAACCCCCUGUGCCAGAGAAGAAGGAGAAGGCUCAGAAACCUAAGGAAAGGAGAAAAGAAGCAGAAAAAACAGAGAAGUUGAAAGAUGCACCAAAGGCUAAUGACUCUGAUUCAGAAACUGACACUGCUGAUGAGAAGAGUGACCUUGAUGAUGGAAUGGGUGAGUCAGCUGAAGCAGCAGAAGCCCUUAUGGCACUAGCAGGGGCAGCAGUGAAUGGCAGAGCAAGAUCAACAUCUUCCUCUUCUACCACUUCAUCUUCGUCAUCAUCUAGUGCAGCCACAGGAUCAACAGGAGAGGAAAUGAGAUCACCUGUUCUCAUGGAGCACAGCUACUGCCUUCCUUGGGCACCCAAGGAUAGUACACAAGUUACCUUCUUGCCUCCAGAGGAAUUAUCUAAAAAAGGACAAAGGGUAAUGUGUGGUUCUGAUCAUGACUACACCAGAGCACGAACUCCGCCCAAAGGAGAGAAGACGAAAUCCCCUAAGACCACAAGCAAAUUCACUACACCCAAGCCACGUGGCAAAGAAAACCGGGCCAUGCAGAUUAAGAGAGAAACAGAGGAGAAGCGGAAAUCUACUCCUCAGUUACCGUCAAAAUCACCAAUGGUUUCAACCUUCCAGCCUCGCAACCAAAUGGAAGAGUACAACGUUCUAUAUUCAUUUCUUAUACGAGGUAUUGAUCAAGAAGAUAUUGAGCUUCUCAAGAGAAGCUAUGAAGGAAUGCUGGCAGAUGAUAGCCAGUCCUACUGGUUGAAUGACACGCAUUGGGUGGACCAUCCAGCCACAGACAUCCCUCUGCCCCCCAGAAAAAAACGGAGAGUGGACGACUUACCUCUGCACAAGACUGGUUGUGCUCGUACUGAAGGAAUAUACAAAGUGGACUCCAAACAGAAGCAGAAACAUAAAUUUACAUUCCAUCAAGACCACGCAUUACUUGCCAGUGAAGAGCCUCAGCAACAGAGUCUGGCUGUUCUAGAGUCCAGUAAGGCGAAGUUGACACAGAUGGCAGUGAGCAGGGAAGUGCGCUCCUUCCAGAGAAGACUCCUUACGGCCUUUGGCAAUGAAACUGACUCAGACUUGCUCAAGUUUAAUCAGCUCAAAUUCCGCAAGAAACUCCUGAGAUUUGGAAAAUCUCGCAUCCACGACUGGGGAUUGUUUGCCAUGGAAGCCAUUGGUUCUGAUGAGAUGGUGAUUGAGUAUGUUGGGCAGAGUAUAAGAUCAAUCAUCGCAGAUCUUAGAGAAAUCCAAUAUGAAAAGAUUGGCAUAGGGUCCUCUUAUCUCUUCCGAAUUGAUAUGGAAACAAUAAUUGACGCGACAAAGUGUGGUAAUCUGGCCCGUUUUAUCAACCAUUCAUGCAAUCCAAACUGCUAUGCAAAAAUUAUCUCCGUUGAAACGCAGAAGAAGAUUGUUAUAUACUCAAAGCAGCCAAUUGCUUGUGGUGAAGAGAUCACAUAUGACUACAAGUUCCCAAUUGAGGAAGAGAAGAUUGUCUGUCUUUGUGGAGCUGCUCAGUGCAAGGGGACACUCAACUAGCCUGUCAAGAGGAUAUGGAUUAUGUUUAUGGAAGGAAACAGAGAGAGAGAGAGAGAGGAUGCCACAGUGAGACCACUAGGUUUUAUAAUAGCUCAUUUCUCAUGCUGGGUUGAAUGGUUUCACUUUGCAUUGAGUUGAUCUCCUGAUGUAUUGGUGACGUUAUACACUCACAUUAUAUACAAUUUUCUUGUAUUUCUGCCUCUUCUUAGUUGUAACUAAAGCCUUUUAUUUCUAAUGUCAUUUUCACCUUUUCCUCUUAUCAUUCCAUUUUGCAUUAUACCCCUCUUUCUGUUCCUCCUUUUCUCUUUCUUCCUCAUCUUUUUCUUUUCUUAAACUAACCACUUUUCUCUGCCACCAAAGUGCACAAUUUCAUUGUAAGGUAACUGCUAGACCCUCUUUAUGCAUUAUUGAUAUAUUGGUAAUAGAGGAAUGCAGCAAUGAGCAUCUUUACACAGAUGCAGAGUAGGAGACUGAUGAACAGGCUAUGAUUUUUUUAUCUCUUAGAUUUUUAUGUGUUCGUAGUACCUGAAUCUUCAUAUAUGUUUUGUUGUUUUCUUGAUAAUGAAUCAUGCUUAAAUGGAUUAUGUAAUUUGAAGAGGACCAAUAAGCAGGGAUGGCCCUUUGAGAAUUUACUGCUUUUACAUGUUUACUACACAAACAGGCAAGGAAAAAGGAGAAAAAAGGCAAAUUCUUAUUUGUGAAUUAUACACUGUGCAUCCAGAGAGAGAAAGACUUACAUAUGGUAUGGUACUAAACCACUGAUUUUGUCACUUUGGUAGAUUGUUUGUUUGAGCACAUAAAAUUUUUUCCUCCAGUUUCAUCAUUGCUUUAGGACCAUAUAUCCCAAGUACCAUCCAAUAUUGUAUAUUAAUUUAUUAUUUACCUCAGUAUAUUGUAUCAAAUAGCAUAAUGGUAUGAUGGAGAUUGAAAGGCAUGUUUGAUUCUUUCAGUAAGUUCUAUCAUGAUGUAUGCCUCUUGUUGCAUUGAGGACAUGUGAUGCUCAGCACCAAGGUGUGUGUCAAAAAUGUUGACACUAGUCAUUUGGAGAGAAGUAUAUUACUUCCCUUUUGAUAACUUCUAUAUUAAUUGAAAUUAAUAUACGUGAGGUUUUCUUUUUCCUCUUCCCUUCUUUAUUGUCUUUCUCUUUGUAGGGUGAUGCUUAUGUAAAACAAAUUAAUAAUUAUCAGAAUCAGUCAUAUGAAGAUCUUGAAUUACCUGACCAUGUGAUAAUGAUAUAAUAUAAAACAUUGGAGUACAAAAUGAAGCAAAUCAUUUAAGAACCUCCACGUGAAUUCUUUAGAGGUGUAAGCAGUUGAUUUCUUAGAAAAAAAGAAAGCAUGCAACUUUUUUAAAGUCCACUUGAGAAUAUACAUGGUAAUCCCUUUCAAACUGGCAACAUCACUGAUUGCAUUGCAUGUUGAGAGUCUGUAUACUUUUACCAUACAGAAGAGAAGAGGAAAAUUGUUGAAGAAAUACUUGUAGAUGGAACAUAAGAAGUCUUUGGUGGUUGUGGUUGGACAGGAUGUAUAACAAAUCAGUUGUGUGAAAAGACUAAGACACAGAAUUGUUGAAGAGGAAAUGCCCAUUACAAAAGGGGUUGCAUCACCUCAGGUUACUGCCACUUAUUGUCUACCUACUACUAAUAGGCUUUUAGUACCUUUUUAUACGGUUAAAUAUAGUACCCAUGUUAAGUAAGUGAAAGAAGAAGUCCAAAUGUAAUUUUGAAUAAUGUGUUGCAGCAUUUCCAGUUUUUCCUGCAUAAGGGAUUAUUGACAGAUCAGUGAUGAACCUUUCCGUCAGAGUAUACCUUUGGCAGUUUCCAUAGACCAUUAUUUAAUUUUAUUUUUGGACUGUCUUCUGGUUAUUCAGCUGGUUUUCUUUUUAAAAAGUAAGGCUACAAAGGCAGAGAAUGCUGGUUGGUGUACACAUAGUUUUUAUAUGGACAAAAGAGUGGAGAUUCUAAAUGAGACAGUUUAUAUAUUUUUUGCACCAGUCUCUCAUUUGCAGAUGCAGUGCUGUAGAUUAAUAUAGAGUCAAUUUUGUAGCCUAUAUUUUGUCAGACCUUAUGUUGUGUUAUAGUGUGGUGCCAAAAGUAGAAAGCAAAGAGGGACUGCUGGAAAGUGAUGAAGACAAGAAAUCGUUUUCCUUGUUUUAAUGAUUGUACAGUCAAAGGAAUUAAGAAAAAGAGUAGUCGGGUUGACUCACCUGGAGUGAAUUUCUCAUGUGAUACUUUUUUUUCCACCUUUGGUUUUGUAUUUCCAGGGCCUCUUUUCUCUCUGUGACAGAUAAAUGAUAGCAGAUCUAGUCCCAGCUAAGUAAAACCUUUGUUUAACAAGGAUUGAAAAUGUUUUACACAAUUUUCUGAUUACAGUCCCUCUUUUGCAAUUUUGUAGAGCAUCAAGCUCAGGUAUGUCUUUUGUAGAACUGACACAGAACAGUGAAUUUCCAUCAUAGGCAAUUAGAACACUAAAUUUCCAAAAAUAUCAUAUUUAAAGAGCAUUUUCCUGUUUAUUUGUUUAUUUGUUUUAUCUUGUGUUCCUAUAUCAGUCUUCAAAAAAAUUUCCUUAGGGAUGAUCUCAAAUUGGACAUUAGACAUCAUUGGAUUUCAUGAAGCAUUACCAAGUUAGUUGUAUGUGACUUACUAUGUGAAUAUGACAUUUGUAUUGUACUUACAAGUGGAGUAUAUAUCACAGGUAAAUUACAUAGCUUCACAAGUGUAUCCAAAACCAUUCUUCAAAAUAUUUGUUUUUACAGACAAUGAACAAGGUAAUGGCAUUUUCAUGAAUUUAAGUGGGAAUAAUUUUUGUGCUGCUCUCUUCUUUAUAGUUUGAAUUCAGACUCAUAUAUAUUAUAUCUAUAUCAUUUUUCCAUGUUACUUAACCCUUAGAUGACAGUAUUAGAAAUCUUUUGAAGUCAUAGAUUCUGGUGAUUUCUGGCAACCGUCCUGCCGUUGGGAACAGGAGUCCGCUACAUGUAGUGGAACUUCCUGCUUGACGAGCUUCAGCGUGUCGCCACGUGUAUAGCCGUAUGCAGCAGAUCAAGCAGUUUGUUAUGACGGCUAUGCACAUGGCCUGGCAGUAACGGGUUAACAACAUUUUAUUUGUUAUUUUAGUAUUUUAAAAAUUAUUUUCAUUAUUGAUCUAAUACCCUGUAUCAUCUCUUACUGUAACUGAUUAUUCUCCUUCUCCUCCUUCCUCAUUCUCAUCCUCAUCCUCAUCUUCUUCCUCAUCCUCAACCUAUUCCUUCUCAUCCUAAUCCUCUUCUUCUCAGUUUAGUCCUCCUCCUCCUCCUCCUCAUUUUUGUCCUCCUCCUCCUCCUCCUCUUCUUCUUCCUCUGUUUUGUCUUCCUCCUCCUCCUCUUUCUAUUCCUUUUCCUUCUCCUCCUACACCUCCUACUCUUCCACCUCCUCCUCAUUCUUCUUUUCUUGAUUUCUCCCCCUACUCCACCUCUUCCUCCAGCAAAUUUUUUUUUUUUUUAUCAUAGAUGAUUUUAUGGACUUCCGUUUAUUUCUUUUAAAAUUUUCAUAUGGCCAACAAAAGCAAACACAAAUGAUGACUAACCACCAAAAUCAUGACUAGGUAAUACUUUGUCUAAUUCUGUUCAGCCACAUUAUUCUUGCUUUGGCUUUUGCAUAAGAACUUAUUUUUCAAGAAGCCUCUGUUCAUGUAAGUAUCCAGCUGAGGGAGGGAUCUCAUUUGCAAAAUGUACCAUGGAAGAAAUUAAUGUGAUAUGAUCAAGGAAGCAACGUGUGGCUGGGCAGUAUCACAUGUUCUUUAUUUUUCAUCCAUUAUUCCCAUGUAUCCCUUGUCAUUCAUUGUUUUUCAAUUAACAUGGUUAGUUUUGUUAAUUUUGUAAUACUGCAUGUCAGACACACAAAGAUUGAAGAAUUCUUUUUGUUCAUAUAUUAAUUUCAGUGUCUGAUUAUAGAAUUUGAUUAUAAAAAAUAAAUAAAUAUGGUAAGCUGUAAAAGAUAAACAGAUGGGUAAUUUCAAUAUUACAAAUGAUCAUUAUUUUGCCCUCAAAGUGGCCCACCAUGUUUUUGCAACAAUUUCAUAUUAAUUGGAUAUCAAAGCUAUUAUGAAUACUUACAGUUCAAUCCAUUAUCUUGAUAAGGCUUAUUGUGUAUUGGUAUUAGCAGCUAUCUGUAAUUUAUUUUUUAUACCAUAAUUUAUAUUCCAUAACUUUCAUUUUUUUUUUUUUUUUUUUUUUUUUUUUUUUUUUUUUUUUUUGAAAGGGCAAUAUAUUAACACACAUGUCCAAGUUAUUUAACAACAUUACCAUACAUUUAAGGCUAUAAAGCAAAGAAUUCUCAAAGUUUGAAAUUCAACAAUCAUUACGAGUGAAGCAGAGAUGAAGUUCAUUCUCUCCAGAACCUUAACCUAAAACAUUAUAUAAAGAGCAUUAGCUCCUCCUUGUUUUCCCUGUAUCCAGUCUGUAAAUAACAUAUCCCCUCUUUGGCUGCAAGUAAGUCAAAGUUUUCUUAGAUAUUUGAAUGCAUUGGAUCAGCAUAGUUAUUGUGUUCUUCAUAGUGAAGAUGCUCCCUUGUGCAUUGGCUACUCAUGUGAUAGUCUUUAACACAAUGUAAGGUGAUGCACUGGACUAACUUCUUAUCCCAAAGGUGACGAUACAGCUUAUCCAUGGCUUGGAGUGGCUUAGUGGAUGGCGCGCGUAAUUUUGACAGUUUGACUAGCCUCACUGGCAACAAUUAGGAAGUGAGCAACUCACAGCUGACUGUGUAGUGACUUCCAUAGUCUCCAUUAUUCUUCCCUCACCACAAUAACCAGGUAUUAUAACAGCUGAAUAUGUGUAUUGUGAUAUGAUUUUGUAUAUUGUGUAUGUAUGAACGUGUGUUUGUGUUUGCAUGUGUGCUUGUGUGUGUGUGUAUGUGUGUGUACUAGUAUGCAUUUGAGUGUGUUCUUGCAUGCUUGUGUAUGUGCUUGGAAUUCAGUGUAUGGAAUAUAUGAAGGAUAAGAGAAAACCAUAAUGCCCAGUAAUCAAAUCUGUAUAAUUUCUUAGGUUCUUGGUAUUGAUACCUGAAAUUGUGAUGACAAAGAGGGACUUGGAAAAUACAAACUAACAUCACAUAUAUGUAUCGCUAAGUACUUUCAACAGCGGUACAGCUAGUGUGUCUCAUGUGGAAUGUCUUCUGUUGUGCACUCACUUCUUUUUUAGAUACUAUACUAUUUAUGAUGUAAAAUUUUGAUGAAUUUUGUGUGUUACAUUUUCCUUGUAAUUUGUAUGAUAUGUAAAUAGACUGUGUACUUUUGUAAAA